AUGAAGGCCUUCUUCUUCCUCGCCCUCCUGGCUCCUGUCUUCGCCUUGCCAGCAAACCAAGACUGCAACUCUGGAAAAGCCGCUGCAGUCAUUGGCGGCGGCGGCGCCGCCAACGCCACCUGCGCAGCAACAAAAGCCCAACUCGAAAAAGGCAUUCAAGACAACCUCAACAUCCAAGCCCAAGAGCUCCAAGGCGUCAAAACCCUCCAAGCCCAACUCGGCACUGCAGAAUUCAAGACCACGCAAGCCAAAGUCCUCAACAUCCAACAACGCGGCAUCGAGAUCCGAGCCAACAACCAGAAACUCGCCAAGGAAAUCUCGAGCCCGGCGCUCGACGGGCUCAAUAUCGUCCAGGGCGCGCAGAUCACGGAGCAGGAUCAGGUUAAGGGGUUGAAGAACCAGGCGGCGACGGACACGGAUACAUUGAAUACGUUGGUGCAGGAGGUUACUGAUGGAACGGCGCAGAAUCAGAAGAAUCUUGCUGCGGCGAAGACUACGAACUGUUAG